UAAGACUAACGCGUUUCGACAGUGACCUGUGCUGAGGAGAAGUGGUGAGCAGCGUUUUCCUACUGUGCCAAUUCUACUCUGCGCUCUUAAUCUUCCAGUUUUCUUUUCUUCUUCCGAUAUUCAUUCAACACCAGGGCUGAGUUAGAAACCAACACGCUUACUUUCGACAGCAAUAACGCAUUUUUUUACGUAGGGGAUAAGAAGAAACAACGUAGCAAUACUUAAAAGAAAAACAAAGAAAAAAAGCGAACAACUGUUUAUGCAUUUUGUUAUUAUAUUUCCUUCGCGUUCCAGGUCACAUAUAAACUGUAUUGGGCCUGAAUAUAGUGUACGGAAACAAUUACGUGUGUUUGUUGAAGGCGCCGUUAUUUUGGAAACGAUUCUAGAAGAGCCAUAUCGGGAGAGGAGAAGAGACUGUCUACCAAAGACGCAUGCGUAACAUCAGAUCCACGGUUUGGUUCUUUUUCAAGCGGUUCGUUCUGUGUGGAAACUACAUGCGUGUUUUAAUACUGUAGGCGAGAGCGGGGUAAAAUACAACACGGCCUUUUUAGGUAGAUGCAUCGAGUUUGAACGACAUAUUUCAGGUUAGUCUCUAACGAACGGCGGGACAGUUCAAUAAAUAUUUCGGGAGAUGUGGCCAAAAGUCUGUAAACAGUCGUUUAGUGACUAUCAGAUCGCACGGUUUUCAUACCGCAUACUAACUUAAUAAGACUGUUAGCCAGGCAAAAGUGUAGACCCCAGUCACGCUGCGAGAUUAAUCCGAACGGGGUUGUUAACCUGUUGUCAGUCGACUAUCAAUUAACUAAUUGAUAUGAUUUGUUCAGACUGGAUCAGACUCAGACGGGAUCUUCGUACAUUUAUUUAACUCAACUUUAGGCAACGUGGUGACACGUGACAUCGAUUGACACAGCUGUUUGGAUCGAAUAGACAUUCGACUGGAACCGGAGAAUAAUCAUGUAGUCUUGUGAUAGAUUUUCACCGACAUAGGUAAGCCAUGAAAAACAUAUAAAUAUGAUCAAAAAUGUAUUAAAGACUGUUUAUGUCAUAAAACAUGGAAUUGUAUUGCACUGCCGUACUUUGUGUUAACUUUUAAAACUAUUAAGACUGUUAGGUGUACCCUGCGCCACGUUAAUUUUUACUCCAAUCUCGUAACAUUUCACUCUCGGUACUUUCAGUCCGAUCGCUAAUGUGAUGUGUAGUCAAAGCCAAGGGAUGUAGGUUGUUUGUAUUUCAAAAAUUAUUAAUCUAUCUCUGGUAAUAUUUUCAGAAUUGCGCCAAAUACGAAAACCGUUAGUCAUUUCCCCGCUCUCGCCUAUGUGGCCUAUACAUUAUAGCUCUGUGCGCUAAAUUGAUUUAAAGUGAUCUGUAUGAAUGGAUCUGAGCAUCUGUUAAAUACUGAAUGCCAUGUAAAUGAGAACUAGUGGCUACGGAAUAUUGUUUUUGCUUUGAUUGCCAUUCAUCCGUUUCUCUCUCAGAGCCCAGACAAGAAGUCACGCGGAGGUCCUGAACGCCAAACACGACCAAUGGGUAUUCUGACCACAUCCAGCACCAACGACUCCAUUAUUAGACCAGUUGGAUUUCACAUUGUCGGUUUUACCCAUUUAAAGUUUAGCGAUGUAUACGUAACUUUCCUCGCCGUUGUUUAUACUGUAACGGUUUUAUCCAAUUGCUUUAUUCUUUCCAUUAUAUGGAUAGAUCACCGCCUACACACCCCGAAGUACAUUGCGGUGGCUAAUCUGGCGGUCGUCGACUUGAUGUUCAGUACAUCUAUUAUCCCUCGUAUGAUCAAGAUAUUUCUCGCGAAAGAUAACUUUAUUUCCUACAACGCGUGUUUGGCACAGAUGUUUUUCUAUUACUGUUUUGUCUCAUUAGAGUCGUUUUCCCUAAGCGUACUGGCCUAUGACCGGUUAAUUGCGAUAUGUUUCCCACUGAGACAGAGCUCUAUCAACUCACUCACUGUCAUGAUCAGUAUUUUAGUCGCUGUUUGGUCAUUUUGUGUAAGCGUUGUUGUGUUCGCAGUCACAGUCAUGACCAGACUGUCUUUCUGUAAUUCGCUCAAUGUUCAGAGCUACUUCUGUGACUACACUCCCAUGUACAGACUGGCUUGCAAUGACAACCGAUUGCAGUGGGCCACUGCCUCUUCUCUGAGUUUACUUAUUGUGUUUGUGCCCCUUAGUUUAAUUAUCAUGUCAUACAUCUGCAUUUUGACAGCCGUGUUUCGAAUGAAAAAUUUAGACAGCAGGUACAAAGCACUGUUAACGUGCACAGAACAUCUCGUUCUCGUGGCGAUUUUCUACGUGCCGAUCACGACGGUGUACAUCAUCGAACUUUUCUUCUUCCAACUCGAUCCAGAUGUCAGGAUCCUAAACUUGUCUUUGGCCAAAUGCAUCCCACCCUGCCUGAACCCCAUUGUGUAUUCCCUGGCAACCAAAGAAAUCAAGAACAGAGUGCUGGCCAUGUUUCAGAAGUUCAAGGUUGCAGCGUGGUCAGGGUAGGCAUAGACCAGGGUUCCCACUCGUCCUGGAAAACCUGGAAAUUUAUCAACUAGUUUUCCAGUCAUGGAAAACACCUGGAAAAUGAGGAAAAUUUACAAAAUGUCCUGGAAAUAUUUGUGAGGUCCUGGAAAAAUGUAGGAUAGGCUAUUAAUCAAGGUAUUAAACUGUAUAUUUAGAGCUGAGAUUGCAUAUUUUUCUCCGCUUCUCUCAUUUUUAUUAGCUGCUGAGAUUCCACAGCAGCACACAGUUUUGAAUGGUUAUGGUACUUGCACAUUGCAAGCACCACCCCCCCCCCCCCCCCCGACACCGGUCCACCACUGGCUUUGGGCUACCAUUGUCCAUGUUUCAUGUCUGUAAGUCUAAGACUCUAAGUCAUGGAAAUUGUCCUUGAAAAGUCCUGGAAAAUGAUUUCCUAAAAUGAGUGGGAACCCUGAUAGAGACAGUAAAUUUACAUUUUCAACUGAGUAACAUCUAUGUAAUUUUAGGCCUUGGUGUUUGGCCUCAAAUGUGAAGUGUAAUGUUAUGAAGUUGUAUUGUAGUUUACUGAAAACACCCUUGCAUCUUUGCUGUAAAAAAAAUUUACCCAGUGAGACUCAGCCAACCACGCAACUGAAAACUUAAAAAUUGCCGAAAUUGUCAUUAUGCUUCUCAGAAAGAAUACUCUAAGACACAGUUGUGCUAGUUUUAAAACUAAAACCUUAUACUUUAGUUGUGAUGGUAACAUAAGACAGACACUGAAUUUUUAUUAUUUUACUCUUUAACUCAGUCAUAUCUUUUUCCCUCACAUUUUUCCCUCUAUGUCUCCCUAUUCAGUGUGAUGCAAAAGGAAGCAGUUUUUGUGAUCUGUAUAACAGGCAGACAUCACACAUGUAGCUAUUAUUUGUAUAUCCAUACUGCAAUGUUUGUGAUGUCCUAAUAUUGUUUAGACUGAGCAGUGUGUCUGGCCUGAUGCUGAAUUUUCUAAGCUGCCUUACAACAGUUUGGGGAAGGCCCUUUCCUGUUUCAGCAUGACAAUGCCCCGGGCACACAGCGUGGUCCAUAUGGAAAUGGUUUUGUUGAGGAUGGUGUGGAAGAACUUGACCGGCCUGCACAGAGCCCUGACCCUCAGCCACAUCAAACACCUUUGGGAUCAACUGGAAAACCAACUGUGAGAAGUGCCCAAUCAAUGUCCAACCUCACGAAUGCUCUUCUGGCUUAAUGGUAGAAAAUCCCUGCAGCAAUGCUCCAACAUCUAGUACAAAACCUUCACAGAAGAGUGGAGGUUGUUACAGCAGCAAAGGGUGGACCAACUCCAUAUUAAUUCCCAUAAUUUUUAAUGAGAUGUUGGAUGUCACAUGUCCAUAUACCUUUGGCUGUAUAUUGUUUUUUUUUUCGGGUUCAGGCCUGGUGUUUGCUCUUUUUGCUUUGUUUCUGUUGCCUUACUGAUCUGUAAACAUCCUUGUUAGGCCUCUGUAAAAAGCACUAUACAAAUAAAACUGAAUUGAAAUUGAACAACAACUCCCUGGUGCACCUGGAGAUGGGUCUACCCAGUGCUACAAAACAGUGGUGGGCCACUCAGCUGAAGAACUAUCAGCUUACUCUUAAGUAUAGGCAAGGGAACGUGAAUGCUGAAUAGUGGACAGUGGACCAAUAAGCCUGGUGCAGGGGGUAAAGCAAUGAUGAGUAAAGCAGCCAUUUGACAGGCAAUAGCAAUUGCUGAUCAUCAUGAAACUUGAUGGAUAUAUUGACCUCUUGGUGCGACCUUGUAAAAUUUGGGAUCAGUCAGCCAUUAGGAGGCGCUGUAGCUAAAA